CGGCUCGCUGAGGUCUGGCCGGGCUGUGGUUGCCUGUAACUCUGCCGGAGGAGAGGUGCGUGAUCCCGGCUCACUCGAUGUGCUUGGUGGACUACAAGAGGAUCUCCACAUUGCCUGGGAAAUCCAAUUUCCCCAUUGUUCAGCUGUAAAAUAGCUGCACAAGGCCGUGAUUGGCAAAGGACUGGAUCACCCAGGUUGCUUACAUCACGUAGGCAGCUGCCACCAAAAUGACACACUUGAUUGAAGGCCAAAAGAACCAUAUACGUAACUGCCUGUGAUUAAGCUCCAUAUGAUGCCUCAGAGCAAGUAAAAACCCCUCCUUCAUCUCAUCUUGUUUGUAACGAGACAACCGUUGCAGGGAUAUCAUUUGGGUCAUGUUGUGGCUUUUGGGGAAUAUUUUUGUUUUGUUUUGGGGUUGGUUUUUUUUUUUUUUUUUUUGCUUCUGGCUGUAAACUUCCAUGACCUGCACCAAUCUGCCGUUGCGCCCUCGCACGAUGCCCCAUGAGAGCCUGGUGCUGUAGGUGUGCUGGUAGCUGGGAAUACAAAUUUUACCAGGGAGAAGAUGCCAUUCCACCAUGUAACAGCUGGCUUGUUGUACAAAGGCAACUACCUGAACCGCUCACUCUCUGCUGGCAGCGACAGCGAACAGCUAGCAAAUAUCUCCGUGGAGGAACUGGAUGAAAUCCGUGAAGCUUUCCGGGUGCUGGACAGGGAUGGGAAUGGCUUUAUAUCCAAGCAGGAGCUGGGCAUGGCAAUGCGUUCCUUGGGAUACAUGCCCAGUGAGGUGGAGCUGGCGAUUAUCAUGCAACGCCUUGAUAUGGAUGGGGAUGGCCAGGUUGAUUUUGAUGAAUUUAUGACUAUUCUGGGACCUAAACUGGUAUCAUCAGAAGGCAGAGAUGGCUUUCUGGGAAAUACAAUAGACAGCAUAUUCUGGCAGUUUGACAUGCAGAGGAUAACACUGGAAGAGCUGAAACACAUCCUCUACCAUGCCUUCCGGGAUCACUUAACGAUGAAGGACAUCGAGAACAUCAUUAUCAAUGAAGAGGAGAGUUUAAAUGAAAACUCUGGCAACUGCCAAACAGAGUUUGAAGUGCACGCCCAGAAGCAGAACAGACAGACCUGCGUACGGAAGAGCCUUAUCUGUGCAUUUGCCAUGGCCUUUAUUAUAAGCGUGAUGUUGAUUGCGGCCAACCAGAUCCUGCGGAGCGGCAUGGAGUAGCCUCUCGCCAUGACACUGUGAACCAAACUGACCAUGCAUGCGCAUGCCACCGGGUGAGCUUCCCCCGGACCGACUCUCACACGGCAAAGAGACAGAGGCAGGCAGAUAAAGCACCAUUCGACAAGGAGCCUGAGGCCAGCAGCGUAAUGUGUCUUGUGAAUCAACUACAUCCUUUUGGCAGGGACAUAAAAGGGCUGUCUUAAUGCUUUAAAGGUUUUGUUUCCUAAUGCAAUAAAAAAAAAAAAAUAUACAGGAGUCCCGAAUUAUUGCUUCAAAACAGCAAUGGUAACUUGGAAGAAACUUUCAUCCAGCAGCCUAUUUUGCAGUUUUAAGGAGGCACAGCCUCAUGACUUAUUGCAGCAGGGCUGUCUUUUAACCUAGGGGCCGACUGACUAUUCUGCGUAGCUCUCCGCUGGGCCCACAUUCCCAGGAAGUUGAUCGUAGCAUUGCCACAAGCAAGUUCUGUUCGUUUUGUUUCAUGUACUCCAGGUUCACUUUGUUUUUCCCUUAUGACCAUGCCUUUGAGUUCACGGCAUUAGAGGGGAGCUAGAGCAUCCUUGUACAGUAUUUUCAGAGUAAAAAAAGAGGAGAAUUUGCCAGCAUCAUACAAAAUUACUAUUUUUGCUUCAUAAACGCCGCCUUUGACACAAGACUGUGGGGUAGCAUGAGUCUGUUUGCCAUUUUUUUCCGACCGUGAAUCAGGGCUUGAGAAGCACCACAUGUUUUCACACAUGGGCAUUUCUGAAAUUUGUGCACAGUCUUCCAACCGACUCUGCAACCACCAGCGCCAGUUAAAACUCCCUCUAUUUGGUCCUGUCUGCAUAUUCAACAACAUUUGCUUUCCAGCAGUUUUGCCCUUCUUCUAUAUUGGUCUUCAAUAACUACAUCUGACAUGAAAAUCCUCCUCUCUCCUUGCCUGUGCAAUUUUUAUUUAUCUCAUUUCAUAUGCCCUGGUUGUAAUCUGCAGCAAAACGUCCGUGUCAGACACCGUCUCAUGGGAGAGGUUAUACUUUUGCCUGCACAGCAGUGUGUAGUUUUGACCAGCUCCAGUCCCUCCCAGGAGCUACCACCACCACCACCACCACCGUCCCACGGGCAGGCUCCAAAGGGGGUAAGCUGAAAAGCAGCCUGCAACAGGAGAAGGAACCAAACUAGAGCCUACCGCCAUAUGUUACGUAGUGUGUCAGACUUUCAGAUCCUGCAAGUGCUAGUUAUUUUUCCUGGAAGAGAUUUUAAUGAGCAGCAAGGAGAAGACAGAGUGAUGCAGACUAGAGACACAACACGUCCUAUUGAAAGCACAAGGUCUGGGCAAGCCUGGAGCCAGGAUUACAUCGGAAAACAUUUUUCCUUUUAAACUCGAUGCAAAUCCUUGCAUUUACCUUUGGAUGAACUGUGCACCUGUGUGUCGUCCCAGGGGAGAUCUGGUUUCCUUGCCAGAUGGGAGAAGUUUCCCAUCUGGUGCUCACGGAGCCAGCACAGGGAGCACGCCUGGGGAGGUCCACGGAGGCACCCAGGCAUUGGAGUUGCAGUGGCUUUGCCCUGCCAGCUGGGCAAGCUCCAGAAACACCAAGGAACAGUGAGAUCUUGCUCCUGUAAAAGUAGAUGACUGUUUCCCAUGUCACGAGAGGGGGCAGGUUGGCUCCCCAAGGGAUUGCAAACCAUGAGCUUCCCUCCUCCCACACAGCAGCCAUCGGCUUAAGCCUGGAUCCAUCCCAAAGACUCAUUUCAGGUCUUUCUUUGAUUACAAGUUUGAUUGAUAACAUUUAACCUGUAUUUUUUUAGCAGCCUGAUUGGAAAAUUUGCUUCUCAUUGUUCUGUCUCCUAUCACCCCCUUUAAAAGCAUGUCACUGCUUUGGAGUUUGCCUUUAGGUGUGUGUCUCAGUCACCCACCUCCACAUCAUUGCCAUUUUCCUGAUGCCCCCUCCAUCACUAAAAACAACAGCCAUCUUUUCCAGAGCAGCUGAGUUAUUUUUUUCUGCCUUUCACAAACACACACUUCUGUAUUUCUGUUCUGCUGUGACUAAUACAGGUCAACUGCAAAAUAUGCCGCAAAAAUUGUUACAUCUCCCAGAAGAUGGAGAGAUUUAUGUUUGCUAUAGGGCAACAGCAGACUUCAAAACAACAGCAUAAAAUCUUAAGCAAGCUCUGAACGCAGAGUUGGCACCGCUGGGGAGCCAAGGCGUGCUCCCAGCACUCGCUGCGCUGGACAUUGCAGAUAACGAGCUUUGAGAUCAUUUUAAGGGAACUGUCAUCCACAUUUUUAGGUCUCAACAGCAGAAACACGGGGCAGAGCGUCGCCUCUUCACUGAGCCCAGAAACACAAGCUAAAACAUGUAGACCAGGCAUUUAUCCACGUUCUUCUCACUCAUCUGACAGCUAAUACCAGGCAGACUCCAAUUAUAAGAGCUGCCUCACAGAUGAGAUGACCUUUUGCAUUCCUUUAAGCUUUCUGGAAGGCUCCAUAAUUUCUACAUGCAUGCUCCAUAAAAACCUUUGUAAAUACAUUCAUUUUUCAGUAUAAUUCUUCACCUUGAAACUCCAUUUAUAAAACCAAACCUAUAAUUAAUAUAUUGGUAAAAGCCAUAGCCUGGUGUCAGUAGAGUUCAUUGCAAAACUCCCCACUGAUUUUACUGGGUACAGGAUUUGGGGGGGUUUGGGGCUUGAUUUUUCUGUAGGGAAUCCAAUUUAUCCAUUAUGAAUCGGUGUCAUGUCUUGCCAGUGGUCUCCUUUUCCUUCCUAGAGCAGCCUUUCUCCAUCUAAAGGUGUCUUGAAGAGAUCUCUUCUUUAGUCAGUCCGGUUCUUCUGGUAGCUAGUGGCAAUGCAGGAUGGAUCAAGCCAAGCCAUUUCAUCAUUUCCUCUCCCCACAACCUUUCUACCGACACCUUCCCAUCCUUCCUAGCCAUCAGCAUUGGACCUGUAUCUCUUACCUACCUCCCUGGCUCCAUUUAUGUAACAUCCAUUUAUCUUGUCUUUUUUUUCUUCUACACAAGAAGGAAAAAAAGGGGGUUUUUGUUGCUUUUACAGACAGUAGGUAAAAAUAGAGCAGUAAAAUUUUGAUUGGAACCUGAUGGCAAAAGCUUAGGGGGAAGAAAGCAGAAGAAUCAAAGAAAUAAAAAUAAAAAACCCCACAUCCCAUACUUCAAGGGAAAAAAAAAACAAAAAAAACAAAAAACAACAAAAAAACCCCACUAUUUAAGUGCUAAUUAACAUACUUUAAAAAAUACCCAGACUGCAGCAGUGCUAGGUAGAGCUGUCAGAAAAAGCACUAAACUUAUGCUCUUGCCAGUUACAUGAGAAUUUAAGUGUCUUUUCAGCACUGCAAUUCUGUAUGAAAAGGAUAUUGCUAUGGCAACCCUCGCUGUUCGUGACAUGUGUGCCACCAUGUCGGAGCGACACGCAGCAAUUGCAGACGUGCUCCUGGUCAAACCAAGGAUGGACAAACAGCUCCCAGCAGCCCAGGACAUCGUUUCAGCUUGUGGAUCAGCAAAUUAUUAGCAAACUGUGAGCACCCUAAAGACAACUCUGUUGCCUUAGCCACAAAAAAAUGUGUGCAAUUAAACGGAUUGACAUGUAGGGAAGGCUUCAAGAUGGACAUGAUUAUUUUAGCUUGAGAGAGGCUUUGGUUUAGUUUUGGUGCAAGUGAAAUCAAUGCAGCAUAAGCACUGCUCAACAAAGGCUGUCCUGUGCUUGUCAGGGACACUUUGGGCAGGUCUUUCAUGGAGGGAUUGAUCUCUGAUGGGAAGGAUUUGGGUUACUGCUCUUGCAAGGCUCUGGGCUGCAUCGCUGAUAACCAUUGGCUUUAACUUUGAAGGCAUAUCCUGAUUUUCUGCUCCUGGAGAGGCCAACAAGGGAAUUUCAGGCACAUGGCAUGCUGAAAUACUUUGGAGGCCACAGAGAGGUGAAUUCCAGCAAAAUCUGCUGAAGGAACAUUGCUUACCUGUCAGGUCCAAAGCCAUACCACAAGGUCAGCCAUGAAGAAAGCCACAGCUGAGGAGUAACCAGGCAGGACAAGUGCAUCAUGGUGGUGGCACUCCCUCAACGAGUCCACCACUGAGAAGUAAUUUCUAGUCAGAAGCAAUAUCAACAGUAAUUUAAAGAAUUAAACAGGGUGGGCAACUGGGAAAACUUGACACUUUUUAUGGAGAAUCUAGUCCUCAUGCUGUUGGAGUUCAUACAGGAUGAAAGAGAGUCGACAGAUAAAUUCUUUUUCAUGUUUGAUGGAUACCCACAAAUAUGCUAGUUACUGUUAGGAGACACCCUGUCCUGGUGAAAGUGCUCACAGACCCCCCAGGACAAGGGUCACCUGUGAGCAGAAGAGUGGGAGGCGGUAGGAGAUCCAGCUACCUGCUGCUGAUCCUGCUCCCAGGUGAGCUACAGCUGAAUAUUUGGGCAUCAUCUGGUGACUUGGAGAGAUUUCAUACAGACUAUUCAGUGGUUAUCGGGGGCUCACAUGCUGGAUACGAUGCACUGGUAGGGGUGGAUGUUGGUUGCUUUAUAUGGGAGACUUCCAUCAAUUUUGUAAAAGAAAAGAUGUGUACCUCUUUAAGUUGGGGCCAAGUAAAUGGGUUUUUUUGGUCCUUCUCCCAUAAGAAAUAGGAUAGCAAGCAAACAAAUCAAGAGAAGGCAGAGAGCAUUCCCAAGCCUACUACUCUGGAUGGCUGGAGACUGUUUGACAGACUUGGAUGAGCGAAGUACCUACUGGCAAACAUUUUAUUCCAUGGAAAGCAUAGGAAAAUUCUUUAACAAAAGCCACACUUCAUCUUUCUGCCUGCUGCAGAAGACCAAAAUAUCUCCUGGGACACCAGAGGACUGUGAUGGCUGUCCGAGGUCCAGUGCUGGCUCUGCUCGAGAUGACACACUGCUUUGCGAGGUGCCUGGUACAAAGAGACUCUCAGCUUUUUCCACGAAAGACUCUCUCCCCCCUGAUCAUGCGUACGUGCACAGAGCAAGCAGUGCUGCAAAGGGUUGUCAACGCACAAAAGCAAGAGGUGCACAGUCCCGAGUCAGACUUAGAUCUGCGAGGAGAGAAGCAGUAGGAGGAAUACAUUAAGAUCACCAAGAAUGAAGUUCCCUAUUUUAUCCACUCGUGUAAUAAAUUAUUUAGUUUCUGCUUUAUGGAUGACUAUUUGAAAGAAGAAAAACCAACUCUUCUCAAAUGAGAAUCUGAUGAAGUAUCUUUUUUCUUGGCUCUGAAUCAUGCUUACAUUCCACAGAUGAAGAUGUACAGAACUUGCUGGUUUUCAAUCUAUUAUUUUACUGCACUAUGUUCUGACAGUGCAAUUACAUUUCCCUGGCAUCACUUAAAACCUAUUACUUUCCCAGGAAUUUAAUACAGAAAAAGAAAAGGCUCACAACAUUUUCAUCUCUAUAUAUUGUCGGUUGUUAUCAGGACUGGAUCUUGUUUUUUUCCAGUUCAGAUAGGACAUUUUAGGCAACUCUAGGAACUGUAGAAGCUUCUCCAAGAGCAAGAUGGACAGAAAAUCUGACAACAUCAUUUUAGUUGGAAGAGUACUCGACUCCUCCCUCUUCAGUGGCAAAAGUCUGAAAAACUGCCUCAGUUUGGCAUCUUCACUAGGAAAGAAUUUCAGCCCCAGAAGCGAGGAGAAGAGGGAGAAGGGAGAAAAAGGAAAUCCUCUGGAUCUAAAGAUUGGUACUUGACAAUUUGAUGAUGAAUAUACCACAGGUUUUUUUAAUUUUCUGUCGAGACAGACCAAAAUACUUUGUAGCCUUGAAGAGCAUUACUAAAUGAAAUUGCCAUUUUCCAACCAAUUAUUUUCUACAGCUGUUCAUGGCCAGUCUUUGCCAGCAUCAUGAAUAAACCCCUUCAAACACAGCUAUUUUUAUAAUGCUUUAGGUGAAAUCCAUAAUAUGACUUUCCUUUAUCAGCUGGUGUUCUGUCUUCAUCAGCCAACAGGUAGAUAUUUGACCAUUCCAUCUGAAGCUGUUGAGCUUGUUCUAGUAGGUACUGCUCUGGCUUUGCCAGCACUCAGGCAUAUCUUGUCUCUCUUGUGAGCAGUCCCACUAAACCCAAACCAUACAGCUGAUGUGUCUGCAGCAUCAGGCCCCUGGGGUUGCCAUUUGACAGCAAUCUUCAAAUAAAUGCCUCUACAUUCAUAUUGCACCAACCCAAGAAUGGUAUUACAUUUCCUACCAUCUCUUUCAGAGGAGCCAAAGUUAUUUCAACUUCAUGCAGCAGCUCUUGUUUUCUCAGAUUUUAAUUGGGGUGGGGACGGAAGAGAGCUGAAAUUCCUCUUGGAUUCAAGGGUAAAUCAGAAGUAACUCAUUAGAGUUAAUUGGCUUAAACUGGAAUAAGCCCAGAAUCAAGCUUGUUGCCAUUUAAGCCAUACUAGGAUCUAAGUAAUCAAUGCCUCCUGAUUCAUCUCUAGGAAGUUCUUCACUAAUACAUGCAUCUCCUUUUUGUCAUUUCAUCCCUCACUGUUUUCAAGCCAUUUACUAUUCAUUGUUAAAAACUGACUAUUUUUUGCUUGUUAAUAAAAGACAUGACAUUGUAAUUAAAGACGUCAACUCACAAAGUCAGCAGCAUAAUGGUAAAAACAAAACAAAACAAAACAAAACAAAGUUUGUACAAAAUACUGUAAAUAUUAAUAUAAAUUAACUUGGCAUGCAACUUAAAUAACUCCUAUGUUACUGCAAGUUACCCGAGUGUAUAAAGACGUGUAUAAAGGAAAACUGAAUGCCAUAUGUAUCGGCUGUUUCCUCUAACCAAACACUACUGUAAAUAUAUAAUCUGUAUAAAAAUAUUUUAAUUUUACCAUUAUUUAUGCAAUAGGAAUAAAGUUUUUUUC